AUGCCCUAUAAUAAUUCAUUAUGGAGUUCCAUGUAUCCAGAAUUGACUCGAAUUUUAGAUGAGAAUCCAAUGGCACCUGUUGGCAAUAAGGUUCAAUGGAAUUUAGUCACAACAUCCUCUGCAAAAACUCAAAUUUCACAACCCAAUAUUCAAAUCUAUUCCACCUAUGCCAAUAAUACGUUUGAUGUGCCUUCUUCGAUUUUUGUGGAUCCUUCAAUUAUGAAUUUCAAUUUAAUUUCUGGAAAUGUGUAUGAAAAUCAAUGGGCAUUGUAUCAUUUUACAAAAAUUCCAUUUGAUGACAUUGGUUUGUUGAAAAAUGGAAAUCCAACACCAAGUGUGUCAGUGAAGCCAAUGAGGAGUGCACAAAAUUCAACCAAAAAUCCACGUGCUUCUGUUUCAAUGGCCACUUGCAAGAAUGAGAUGAAACUAUUAUUAUGGUUCGUCAUGGUCAUAACAUUAGGGUUCAUGAGUCAUUUCCUUUAA